AUGCUGGAAACCAUCUCACAGCUGCUGGUCCAGCUCUUUGCCUUCCACCUCCUAACCAAGACCAUCAUUCCCACUUUCGACUUCCCCAUCCUCAGCAUCUCUAUAUUCGUCAACGACACUGCACGGCCCCCAUCUUCUCUUCCAUCCACACAGGCCCGAUUCCAGCACAAGCCACACGGCAUCAGCAGCAGCAAGCAACGGACGCCAAAGAUGAAGAAGCCAAGGUGCAACAUUACGCCCAAGAUCAACGAGAUAUCGUCUCCGGGUCUCCAGUGUGCGACUAUGUAA